AUGAAGCAUAUGCCUCAGUUGGUCACAGCAGAUGUUGGGAUUAUGAAUGGAGUUACUAACCACAAGUUUCUAAAAGCUCUUACUUGUGUGAGACGCCUUGAUCUAUGCUUAUCACUUUCGGAGGUUGCGGAUCCUCCUGAAAUGAUAUUUCAUCAGCUUGUUGAGCUUAAUUUAAGCACAUGUGUUCAAGCUUGGUGGGAUCUUCUUACUCAUAUGCUCCAAAACUCCCCCAAACUACAGAUUCUCAAGCUCGUCAAUGUCAGGAAUAAUCGCGUAAAAUAUCAAUCUACUAUUGGGAUCCCGGAUGACUGGAAGCGGCCGAGUUCUGUUCCCGAGUGUUUUCAGAACGGUUUUGAAACUUUCAAGUGGACUUGGUAUAAAGGGAGACAAGGAGAUAGAGAAGUGGCAACAUUUGUCCUAACGAAUGCUAUUCAUUUGAAGACCGCGACUUUUCUUCCAGAAUCAACUGAUUACAAAGAGAAGUAUGGGAUGCUCAAGGAGUUAGCAUCUCUACCUACGCCUUCACCGUCAUCUCAGCUUCUGUUCGACUGA